AUGGUUAACGCUAUCUUAUCUAAGAAAAAGAAGUUGGUCGCUGACGGUGUUUUCUACGCCGAAUUAAACGAAUUCUUCACCAGAGAAUUAGCUGAACAAGGUUACGCUGGUGUCGAAGUUAGAAAGACCCCAUCCAAGUUAGAAAUCAUUGUUAAGGCUUCUAACACCCAAGCCGUUUUAGGUGAACAAGGUAGAAGAAUCCAUGAAUUGACUUCUUUAAUCACCAAGAGAUUCAAGUUGUCUCCAGAAGGUGUUGCCAUCUAUGCUGAACGUAUCGAAGAAAGAGCUCUUUCUGCUGCUGUUCAAGCUGAAGCUCUUAAGGCCAAGUUAUUGAGUGGUUUACCAAUCAGAAGAGCUGCUUAUGGUGUUUUAAGAUUCGCUAUGGGUGCUGGUGCCAAGGGUGUUGAAGUUGUCAUCUCCGGUAAAUUGAGAGCUGCUAGAGCCAAGUCUCAAAAGUAUGCUGACGGUUUCAUGAUCCACUCUGGUCAACCAACCAACGAUUUCAUUGACAUUGCUAUCAGACACGUCUUGAUGAGACAAGGUGUUUUAGGUAUCAAGGUUAAGAUUAUGAAGGACCCAGCUACCAACAAGUUCGGUCCAAGAGCUUUACCAGAUGCUGUUAAGAUCGCUGAAGCCAAGGACGAAGAUGAAAUCAUCCCAGCUCCAACUGUCAAGGUUUACAAGCAAGAAAAGGUUGCUGAAGAAGCUGCUGAAGAAGCCCCAGUUGAAGCUUCCGCUUAA